AUGCUGGAGAAAUACCAGAGUCAAGUAAAAUUGCAGCAACAACGAGCCCCAACUUCAUCGCAGACGAAAACUCAAUCCAGGAAUAAUAUUAACAAGAUAGAAAAUCAUGGUGUGGCUUCUGUAUCUGUUGCUCCUUCACCUGGUCGAUCACACCCCAUGAGUCAUUCACAACCGUGUCUGAUAGCAAUCUCUGACAAGCCACCUGAUUAUUCUGCUAGUCAUGUUCAUCAGUCUGUGACCCAAUUCUCAAAUCGAAUUACUUCCGGGUUUACUUCGUGUGAACAGCAUGAAGGACAAUCGAGCAGCAAUGGGAUUCAAAGGGUUCCAAACAACCAGAAGCUGAUACAAUCGCUUCGGGAGGAAAAUCUGCAUCUAAAAAGGGAGAUUGAGGCAAGCAAGAAAAAGCUCGUAAAACUCCAGCAGAUGGAAGCUGCUUAUGAACGUAUAGAGAAAGAUUAUGAGAAUCUUUUACGAGAGAAGGAGCGACAAGAAGGCGUAGAGAAAUCAGCAUUGGUUCAGAUGGAAAUGCAUCUGAAGAGGGUAAUAUCCGAAAAGGAGGCUCUCCAAGAUCGGCUUGAGCAGUUUUCCCUACCAAAUGCUCAAGCAAUGGAGAAAGUCAAUCAGCUCAACAUGGUUCUGGCAGAGAUCAUACCACAGAGUUCGUAUGUUUAGCU